AUUUCAACAAAAAUGGAGGAUAAGCUUUGUUUCUUCUGUCACUGUGUUCCAGAUGGUCUAUGUGAGUGUGGGCUAGCGUACUGCAAUUUACACAAACAAAUACAUAAACCAGGAGACUAUUGUUUUCCAUUCAAGGUGUCUGAAAGGGAAGGAGUAGGACGAUUUCUUGUUGCAACUAGAGAUAUUCGUCCACUUGAACUCGUCCUUUGGGAUAAGGCAGCUGUUGUUGGUCCUGGCCCGGAAACAUUACCAGUGUGUGUACAGUGCUUAGUCCGGUUAACCCCUGACCAUGUUCUCUGCUCUUCCUGUAAUUUACCCCUUUGCGGGGCAGAAUGUAUGAAUAAGAAAGAACAUAAUGAUGAGUGUCAGAUCUUCAGUAAGGACCGGUUUAAAGAUGAACUAAUCCUGUUGUUGUUGUUUACAUUAGUAUAUCUAUAUAUUGUACUGCAGGACCGGUUUAAAGACGACCCAUCCUUGUUGUUGAUGUUUACAAUGAUCUCGAAAUUCUUCCUUGAUGAACUAAACCUAACCUGGACGAAUACAGAGGAGAUCCAUCAUAUUGUUGGUGUACUGAUGACGAAUGGAUUUGAGAAUGAUUACAAUGGCACUACGGCUAGAGCACUGUAUCCUACACUCUCUCUAGCCUCUCAUUCAUGCAUUGCCAAUCUGAGACAUGCUGUGGUGCCUGGAAAACAGGUGGCAUUGCAGGCACAGGACUUUAUAGCUAAAGGUACUGAACUGUGUAUCCGAUACACACAUCUACUUCAAACCUCGCUCAAAAGAAGAACUCAAAUAAAAAAUUCCUGGUAUUUUGACUGUACAUGUGCUCGGUGUACAGACCCUACAGAGUUUGGUACAUUAGCCAGCAGUGUGUACUGCCCUCUCUGCAGAGUUGGUUUGAUGCUUCCCCAGAACUCCCUUCAGUAUUCAAUAAAUUUUCUGACGAAGUAUAAGAGUUUGCUCCCUCCCUCUAAUUGCUAUAUUGUUAUCAGUAAACGUUAUAUUCACGCUUCCACAGGAAAUUCUCCAGACUCUCCUAUCUCAAGUUUAAGAACAGAGGAAUUAGAAGAUAAAAUAAGAUUCUACAGAUCUUUCCUCAGAUAUCUUGGUAACCUGGAUCCUGGAUACAGUCAGCACUCUGCUCUAGCUACGCUGGAACUUAGUAAGGCUGAAGUUGAACUGUUUAAAAGAGAAAUGAAGUUGGAAAAAAGAAUUUGGAUUGAGGAAGAAGAAACAAACGGAGAAAAUGGAAUAAAAGAAAGCGGAAAAAUAAAAUCAAAAAUACAGAAUUUUCUAAAACAUCAGAUGUUUGUUCAAACCCAGGCACACAGAUGUCUAAGAAAAGUUGGGAUGAGUAAAGCUAACAGCUCAACAGGGGUUGAACAGAAGACGACUUUUACCAGCUGCGAAUAAUAAUCAUCUUACGUACAGGGUGCACCAAUAAUCAUGAGAAUCAAAUGACGACUUUUAUAUCGUCUUCGAUAUACGAGCCCGGCAUUCCAAAUUACAGUUUUUCCAAAAUAACUAAAUAAUUACCACAAACUAUAAUUUUCUAAUCCUCAUAUCUUAGAAAUUUAA